AUGGAUGUACAGAAGUCAGGAGCUGCUGCGUCCACGUCGACUGACCCGGACACCACUGGGCUCACUCACGAGUGCGGUGUCUUCGGCUGUAUCGCCACCGGUGAAUGGCCGUCACAAAUUGACGUCGCCCAAGUAAUAACGCUUGGACUUGUCGCCUUGCAACACAGGGGUCAGGAGAGUGCCGGCAUUGUGACCACGGCGGGUGACGAGAGGGGCAGGUUUUUCGUGCACAAGGGCAUGGGCUUAAUUAGCAACGUCUUCAACGACGAAUCAAUGAAGAAGCUCAAAGGCAAUUUGGGCAUCGGGCACACGCGGUACUCGACGAGUGCCGCUUCGGAAGAGGUCAACUGCCAGCCUUUUGUGGUGCACACUGCCCACGGACCUUUAGCCGUCGCGCACAAUGGAGAGCUCGUCAAUUGCUCUGCUCUCAGACGAUGGGUUUUGGCCAGAGGGGUUGGACUGUCGACUUCGUCCGACAGCGAAUUAAUAACGCAAUCCCUAUGUAUUCCUCCUCCUGACGGCGAGCUUAACGGUGCUGAUUGGCCCGCCAGGAUAAAGCACCUAAUGAAGCUGGCGCCGCUCUCGUACUCGUUGGUCAUCAUGUUCGGCGACAAGAUUUACGGCGUCAGAGACCCGUACGGCAACCGACCGUUGUGCAUUGGCAAAAUUCUUCCUCUGACGUCUAACAGCACAUCAGGUACGCAAUCAAUGGAAUUUUCUGAACCGUGGUCUAACCCUUUACUUUGUCGCUCAGCUUUGACCAACGGUGGCACGAGUGGAGAUGCGGAGGGCUGGGUGAUCAGCUCCGAGUCUUGCGGCUUCCUCUCCAUUGGAGCGCGCUACGAACGAGAGGUUCUUCCUGGCGAAAUUGUGGAGAUGACCAGAGAGGGCGGCGUGCGGUCAGUGUGCAUUGUCGGCAGGCCUGACAAUAAGCCGGCAGCCUUCUGCAUCUUUGAAUAUAUCUACUUUGCCCGCUCCGACAGUAUUUUUGAAGGCCAAAUGGUGUACUCCGUCCGAUUUCAAUGCGGCAGGAUGCUGGCCAGGGAAACUUCCGUGGAGGCUGACUUGGUGAGCUCUGUGCCUGAGUCCGGUACUGCUGCUGCCCUUGGAUUUGCCCAAGAGUCUGGGAUUCCGUUUGGUGAAGUUCUGUGCAAAAACCGCUAUGUUGGGCGCACUUUCAUCCAGCCAAGCACACGACUGAGGCAGCUAGGCGUGGCUAAAAAGUUCGGAGCCCUUUCUGAAAAUGUUAAAGGCAGGAGGAUCAUCCUGAUUGACGACUCUAUUGUCAGAGGAAACACCAUCGGACCUAUAAUUAAACUUCUCAGAGAUGCAGGAGCCAAAGAAGUGCACAUCCGCAUAGCGUCUCCACCCCUGAAACACCCGUGCUUCAUGGGAGUCAACAUUCCUACCUCAGAAGAACUGAUCGCCAACAAACUGAGCCCGCCUCUCCUGGCCAAGCACGUUGGUGCGGACAGUCUUGAUUAUUUGUCGGUGGACGGGUUGGUGCAAGCAGUGAGGCAAAACAUUGCCAAUAAGGAGGACUCAAACGUUGGUCACUGCACCGCCUGCCUCACUGGCGAGUACCCUGCGAAUUUGGAGUGGUAGAACCGUCGCAUGUUU